GUAAAUAUUUAUAUUCUGAGCACAGGGUAUGACUGUAUGACUGUUUGAGAAUAGCUUUAGUCUGCCUUAUCGUCAAACCAUUGAACAGUCGGUGCUUUAGGACUGGCUUUCAGUGGAUAAGUAUGUCAUUAGUGUAUGAAUUUGAUGUUUGAUAACAACAUAUUAUCAAUGAAUGCAAUGAUGCAAGUCUUCAAACUCGUCUUCAAACUGGUCUCUCAACUCGGGUUUCCCACUCUUGUGCUCUCAAUCUUGUGCCUCACCAUCGCUGUCAACAGUACUCUCGAUGACCAAACCAGUGUAACCACUAUUGUAGAGCUCGUGACGGCUGAUGUCACUCCACCCGACAUAUCGGACAUAUCGGGCAAUAGUGAGGAACGGAUGACUACCGCUCAGAAGCGUAUCGGACCAUCACAUCAACAUAUCCAUCACAUCCGUAGCCAUAACAAGACAGUCAAACGAUAUCAAGUGGCAAAGUUUGACUUUGAACAUGUGUCCACACCUUAUAUCAUAUCAUUGUGGAUCAUAAUUGUAGGUCUGGCCAAAAUAGGUUUUCAUGUGACACCAAAAUUAUCGUCAUUAUGUCCAGAAUCUGUGGUUUUGAUGAUAUUAGGCGUAAUAAUUGGUUUAAUAAUGUUUUUUGCCGGCAUUCCCGACGAUAAGUUGCAGCCAUUGACACCCAACCUAUUCUUCCUCUAUAUGUUACCCCCAAUAGUGAUGGACGCCGGCUAUCAUAUGCCUAACCGAUUAUUUUUUGAUAAUUUAAUAUCAAUAUUGCUUUACGCCGUUAUCGGCACCGUUUGGAAUGCCUUAGCCAUCGGGCUUUCACUUUAUGGUUGUGCACAAUUUGGUAUUUUUGGUGAACCCAUACCUUUAUUAGAUAUUUUGUUAUUUAGUUCAACGGUGUCAGCCGUGGAUCCGGUGGCUGUGUUAGCCGUAUUUGAAGAAAUUCACGUCAAUGAAGUGCUUUAUAUUCUCGUUUUUGGCGAAUCAUUGCUUAAUGAUGCGGUCACUGUUGUAUUAUAUCACAUGUUUGAAGGCUACGCUGAGAUGGCCUAUGAGGACGGUAUUGAAAGUGUUUUGGCGAUUGACUACUUUGCGGGCGUCGCCUCUUUUUUUGUCAUAUCUUUGGGUGGAACAGCUAUGGGUGUCAUUUGGGGAUUUUUGGCCGCCUUUGUCUCCCGAUUCACACAUCACGUCAAGAUUAUUGAACCAAUCUUUGUCUUUGUUAUGGCUUACUUAGCAUAUCUUUCUGCAGAAAUGUUUCAUUUAUCAGGAAUUUUGAGCUUAACCUUCUGUGGUAUAACAAUGAAGAAUUAUGUGGAGGAGAAUAUCACACAGAAAUCGCACACAACAUUGAAGUAUGCGAUGAAAAUGCUGGCGAAUUCAUCGGAAGCCAUAAUCUUUGUAUUUCUUGGUGUUUGUACUGUUAAUGACAAUCACAAGUGGAACACACCGUUUGUUGUCUUAACCAUAGUUUUUUGUCUCGUCUACAGAACCAUAGGAACAAUUGUAUUGACAUCGAUGGCCAAUAAAUUUCGUUUGCAUCGACUUAAUAGAGUCGAACAGUUUAUUAUGGCUUAUGGAGGUCUGAGAGGUGCCGUUGCCUUUGCACUGAUACUAGUAAUCAAUAAUGAAAUAAUUCACGCGAGAGAAAUGUUUGUCACUACCAUUAUAGCGGUCGUCUAUUUCACUGUUUUUCUACAGGGUAUGACUGUCGGAAGUCUAGUAAAACUGUUGAAUGUUCCCCGCGCUAACAAACGGGAACUCACAAUGAAUGAGCGCAUACAUACUCGGCUAAUGGAUCACUUGAUGGCUGGAGUUGAAGACAUAUCAGGAAUGAUGAUCGGGAACUAUAAGCUCAGAGAUAAGUUUCGUCACUUUAAUAACAAUUAUCUUCGGGUUUGGCUUUUGAAGGACAGUAAAGAAAUGGGUAAUUCUUCGCGAAAGAUAUUCGAGACCUGUUCUAAACUCAAUCUUCAGGAAGCACUCAAUAUAGUGAAUAAACAAAAUUUAUAUUUGAAUACUACGAACGCCGGUAAUAAUAACUUCUUGAGUCCCGAUAAGUCAUUGUCUGCGCUGUUCCGGACCUACACUCAGACUAAUUUAUCUAAUUUGGCCACCGAUGACGUGUCCGACACCUCUCCAUCGACAGGCAUUCCUAUGGAGCCAAACAAUGGCUUUAACUUUGAUAUCGCAAACUUAGCGUACAGUCCGAGUAAUAAAGAUUUAGCCGACGCUGAGAUUCAUCAUAUUCUUAACGAUGCGAUGUUUAAACCAAUUAAAAAGGUUCGUCGCUAUAGUCGUAGUGAUGUCUUAGAGCCGCCAUCAACACACCCACCGUUUCAACACCAGAUCCGGAUGCAGAUCAGACAUCUGGUUAGUCAACAACAACACAAACGAAAGCGAAAGAAAGUGCAAAAGACAGACAACAACUCAAUGUCACCAAUGACUCCACCGAAUGGACUCUUGUCUGUCAAUAAAGAUAUGUUUCUGAAUCCAAAUACACAAAAUAUAUUACACAAGUCCUCCGACAACGACACCGAAGAUCGAGGCAUUGAAUUUAUAGCCAAAAAACGGUCUCCAGAGUCGACGCCGUCACCAAAAGAUGAUCGCAAACAGACAUUACCUCCGCCGGCGACGGCUACUGAAGCACAACUUCCGUGGAGAAGAGAUAGCGAAACAAAUGAAGAGACAUCGAAACAAGUGAUUCGUCAGGAAGAGUUCCCGCCGUGGAUUGAUAACAAAGAUUAUAUACCACAAUAUGCUUCACCGACUAACACAUAUUUGGGAAAAUUAUCACAAAACAACUCUCAGACCACCGACUUCAACAGUUCUCCCGCAAACACACGCACACCGACCCUAUACGAGAUAUUUACUAUCGAUGAAAGCCGAGAGAAUGGUCGCAGCGAUUCGGGAUCGAGUCAGGGAUCACGAGAUUGUAAAGAACCCAAAGUGACUGAAAGUCACACAAACGAAGGCAUCACUAGAGGUCGGUUCCACUGUACGAGUGCUACAUCUGAUGGACAAAAUCAAGAGGAUAUUAAGACUUUAAGUAGUCCAACAACUGUUGCCAUUAACUUAGGCUUUGAAUCGGAUGACGACUCGGAUAAUAAACAUAUGAUUUAUAAGUUAUAGUAGUUUUGAAAUUAAAUUUUUAUUAAUAUUACAA